GCGGGCGAUGGCGGCGCAGUUCCGCAGCUACGUGUGGGACCCCGCGCUGAUCGUGGCGCAGAUGGUGCUGCUGCAGGCGGGAUACUACAGCUCGCUCGGGCUCUGGCUCGCCCUCCUCGGAAUCCUGGGCAGCACCGGGCCCUCCCUGCAACAGGUCUUCAGCGACGAGAUUUUAGGCUUCUCAACCCCGCCGGGGAGGCUCUCCAUGAUGGCUUUCAUCCUCAAUGCACUCACCUGUGCUCUGGGCUUGCUGUACUUCAUCCGGCGAGGGAAGCAGUGCUUGGAUUUCACCGUCACCGUUCACUUCUUCCACCUGCUGGGCUGCUGGAUCUACAACUCGCGCUUCCCCUCGACGCUGACGUGGUGGCUGGUGCACAUCGUGUGCACGGCGCUGAUGGCGGCCAUCGGGGAGUACCUGUGCAUGAGGAUAGAGCUCCGGGAGAUCCCGCUCAACUCCGCCCCCAAAUCUAAUGUAUAGACUGCCUCUGGCAACAACGUGCUGCGUUAUGCCAUUGUUCCCAGCACAAUGCAUCCAAUGCCUCAGAAUCAUCCCUGAAGAAGCACAGCAGGUCUGUUUAGACUUUAUGAUUUUUUUUUUUUUUUGGACCUCGGUGACUGCAUGAGUGUGAGCAUCUCCUCUGGCAUCGGCUGACAGCGGGAGAGGAGCAGAUGUUUAUUUUGUUAACACAAAGUAUUAAUAUGACUGUAUGGAGAGCG